AUGGAUACUAAUGCCACUUGUCAGUCUUUGAAUGUUUCAUCUACAGUCGAUACAGGAAAUGAGAUAAAUGCUACCACAAUUAACUUACCUGACCCACCUCCUCCUCAGAAUACUCAUGCUAUGCAAACUCGAGCAAAAUCAGCUAAUCCCUCAUUAUUCAUUCGAUCAGUCGGAUCCUCUCUCACUUACUUACUUUUGUAUGUAGAUGACAUCAUUGUCAUUGGACCUGACUAUUUAUACAUUUUUGUUCUUAAAAACCAAUUGGCCCUGGAAUUCAAAAUAUCCGACCUUGGUCCUUCAAAGUACUUUCUUGGUCUCAAAAUCCAAUCCUCCAUUGGUGGCAUAUCUGUUAACCAAGCUAAAUAUCUCAUUGAUCUCCUCCACACAUCGGGAAUGACCUCUGCCAAAUCUUGUAUCACACCAAUGUCUACUUCUCUUGAUCUUUAUACAAUUGCACCACCAUUUAAUGAUCCAUCACUUUAUCGCAGACUAGUUGGUUCCUUGCAAUAUCUUACCUUCACUCGUCCUGAUAUUGCAUUCUCUGUAAAUCGUGUUAGUCAGUUCAUGCAUAAACCAACUGUCAUUCACUUUUCAGCUGUCAAACGCAUCCUCAGAUAUCUCCGUGGUACUCCAACCCUUGGAAUAAAAUUUCGAAAAGGUUCGUUUUCUCUACAAACCUUUUGUGAUUCUGAUUGGGCAGGUGAUACAUCUGAUCGACGUUCCACCUCCGACUUUAUCACCUUUCUCGGUCCUAAUCCAAUAUCUUGGUCUUCUAAAAAGCAAUCUACCGUCUCUCGUUCCUCCAUAGAAGUAGAAUAUUGUUCCCUUGCCACUACUACUGUCGAUCUUUACUGGAUCCGAUAG